AUGUUAUCCAUACUGAGAAAGGCCCGAUUAAAGGACAAAGAGAUGCGCAUAUUGAUGCUGGGUCUCGACAAUGCCGGCAAGACGACCAUCGUCAAGCGCAUCAUGAACGAGGAUGUCACAACCGUGAGCCCCACGUUAGGCUUCAUUAUCAAAACCAUUGACUUCAUGGGAUAUAAACUCAACAUCUGGGAUGUCGGCGGGCAAAAGACCCUCCGAUCAUAUUGGAAAAAUUACUUUGAAAAGACCGAUACUCUCGUCUGGGUGGUCGAUGCCACCGAUCGCCUCCGAGUCGAUGAUUGCCGACAGGAGCUCUCGGGGCUGCUUUUGGAAGAGGUUCGACCCCCCACCCGCCAAUCUCGACGCCAACUGACCACUCUCCAGCGACUGAUGGGUGCCAGUCUUCUGGUGUUUCUGAAUAAAACAGAUGUGGAACAUUGUAUGAGUGAGCAGGAAGUUCGGCAGCGCCUUGACUUGGAUUCAAUCAAAACACACAAGUGGACCAUUCUCCCAUGCAGUGCAAUGACGGGUACGAAUCUGAAUGGGGGAUUGGAAUGGGUGGUUCAAGAUGCCAAAGACCGUCUUUUCCUCUACUAA